UGAUCCAGGCUGUCUGAGCGCAGCGGCGCUGUCAUGGUGGGCCAGAUGUACGGCUCCCCCAGCAGCCGCCUGGCCCUGGCCCUGACGCGGGCGCUGGCGCUGGCCCUGGUGCUGGCCUUGCUGGCCGGGCUGUUCCUGAGCGGCCUGUCGAGGGCGAUCCCGGCUCCGGGGGGCCGCUGGGCACGCGAUGGGUCUGUCCCCCGCGCCUCCGGCAGCCGCUCGGUGGUCCUGGACACCGCGGCGGGCCAGCUGCUUCUGGUGGACGGCCGCCACCCUGACGCCGUGGCCUGGGCCAACCUCACCAACGCCAUCCACGAGACCGGGUGGGCCUUUCUGGAGCUGGGCACGAGUGGCCGAUACAAUGACAGCUUGCAGGCCUACGCAGCCGGCGUGGUGGAGGCCGCUGUGUCAGAGGAGCUCAUCUACAUGCACUGGAUGAACACCGUGGUGAAUUACUGCGGCCCCUUCGAGUACGAAGUCAGUUACUGCGAGAGGCUCAAGAGCUUCCUGGAGGCCAACCUGGAGUGGAUGCAGGAGGAGAUGCAGUCAAACCCAGACUCAGCUUACUGGCACCAGGUGCGGCUGACCCUCCUGCAGCUGAAAGGCCUGGAGGACAGCUACGAAGGCCGUGUGAGCUUCCCAGCUGGGAAGUUCACCAUCAAACCCUUGGGGUUCCUCCUGCUGCAGCUCUCUGGGGAUCUGGAAGACCUGGAGCUGGCCCUGAACAAGACCAAGAUCAAAUCUGCCCUGGGCUCCGGCUCCUGCUCUGCCCUCAUCAAGCUGCUGCCCGGCCGGCGUGACCUCCUGGUUGCCCACGACACCUGGAACAACUACCAGCACAUGCUGCGUGUCAUCAAGAAGUACUGGCUCCAGUUCCGGGAAGGCCCCCAGGGGGACUACCCGCUGGUUCCCGGCAGCAAGCUGGUCUUCUCCUCCUACCCCGGCACCAUCUUCUCCUGUGAUGACUUCUACAUCCUGGGCAGCGGGCUGGUUACACUGGAGACCACCAUUGGCAACAAGAACCCAGCCCUGUGGAAGUACGUGCGGCCCAGGGGCUGUGUGCUGGAAUGGGUACGCAACAUCGUGGCCAACCGUCUGGCCUCAGAUGGGGCCACCUGGGCAGACAUCUUCAAGAGGUUCAACAGUGGCACGUAUAACAACCAGUGGAUGAUCGUGGACUACAAGGCAUUCGUCCCGGGCGGGCCCAGCCCUGGGAGCCGGGUGCUCACCAUCCUGGAGCAGAUCCCCGGCAUGGUGGUGGUAGCUGACAAGACCUCAGAACUCUACCAGAAGACCUACUGGGCCAGCUACAACAUACCGUCCUUCGAGACUGUGUUCAACGCCAGUGGGCUGCAGGCCCUAGUGGCCCAGUAUGGGGACUGGUUUUCUUAUGACGGGAGCCCCCGGGCCCAGAUCUUCCGGCGGAACCAGUCACUGGUGCAUGACAUAGAAUCCAUGGUCCGGCUGAUGAGGUACAAUGACUUCCUCCAUGACCCCCUGUCACUGUGCAAAGCCUGCAACCCCCAGCCCAAUGGGGAGAACGCUAUCUCGGCCCGCUCCGACCUCAACCCGGCCAAUGGCUCCUACCCUUUCCAGGCCCUGCGCCAGCGCUCCCAUGGGGGCAUCGACGUGAAGGUGACCAGCAUGUCACUGGCCAAGAUCCUGAGCCUGCUGGCGGCCAGCGGUCCCACGUGGGACCAGGUGCCCCCGUUCCAGUGGAGCACCUCGCCCUUCAGCACCCUGCUACACAUGGGUCAGCCGGACCUCUGGAAGUUCGCGCCCGUUAAGGUCUCAUGGGACUGAGGCUCUGUCCUUGCUCCGCUGCUUUGCUCCUGCUGACCUUCAGCAGGGCCAUCCCCAGCCCAAGGCCACCAGACCUCCAAACCCAGCACCUUCUGGGGGCUUUAUUCCCUAAUCUGGGGUCUGAGUCAUCUCCGAAGGGUGGAGCAUGAACCUGAUGGGCUCAGAAGUAACCCCUCUCUCCCCUGAGGCACGUGGGUGCUGCCACGUCGCCUCUGCCUGCUCCCCGCCGUCUCUGUCUCUGUUUCUGUCUGUCUCCUGCUGCUGCUCUCUUGAUCUCAUUCCCACCUCUGGGGCCCCUUCCUUCUGCUGCUCCUUCCUGAGGGAUUGGGAAGGUCCUGGGGUCAGGCUCUGGGGCUCCCAUGGGGUGGGAAGAGACUGUUCCAGCCCCCGCCUCCCAGCUGCAUUUCCACGGGUGGCCCUGGAAUUGGUGAGUUUCAGCCCCAGGACCUGGGCGUUGUCUCCGGCUGGCACUGUUCCUCCCAACUCCGGCCCCUCUGCUCCCUCAGGAAGCAGUCCCCUCGUCUCCCUUUCUGGCAGCUUCCUUGAGGACAGAAACUUGAAAACAAACACAAACCAAAGUUUCUGGCCAUCUGCGGCUGGAGGGUCUUGAAUGUCCUCCUCUCUCCAGGGCAGGAAGAGGGUCAGCCCCCACCCUUCUGCCUCAGGCCCCCACCCACCCCAGGCCUGCCCCUCACGUCGGGACUGUGUCCAUAGCGCUCUGAUGGAGGAACCAGACCACAGUCUGUGCCACCGUUAAACAAGAGUGGCUGUGGA